ACCGAAAAAAUCUUUAACUUCAUUUCAAUCCAAAAAGAUGGCAGAAACAGCAAGACUAGAAGAAGAGAAGAAGGCAAACCAUGCCUUAAGAUUAAAAGAACAAGCCUUGGAGAGGGAGAAGAGAGCUGGCUCAAGAGAUCCGGGAGCAAACACAUCUUCGACAGACUUAACGUUGCCGCGACAAGAAACCAACCAGCCGCCCAUCAUAGGAACGGAGAUCGAUCCUCCAGAGACCAACAAUCUAAAGUUGAUCAGGAGUUGAAGAAUAAUAAGAUCCUUUACGCAGGGUUGAUCGAGGACAAUCACAGUAAGUAGAUUUCUGCUAUCAAUUCCCCAACCUUUUUCUCCAUAUCUAUUUGUACAUCCGAGUGAGGAAGUCUUAGGCGCCCUCGUGUACAGAACGGUUGUAGCGUAAUAGAGCUCCCGUCAUGCUAGAAUUUUGGUUGGUAGUAGCGCAUGGAGCUCCCAUCAGGUAGAAGCCCUCAAGGGCUCCCAGAAAUGAACCUCUUCUUGGAAACUCUAAAGAGAGAAGAAGAUGGCAACUGAAUAACUUAAGCUCCCGACACGGUUAGUAGCCAUCACAGAUGAGUGAUUAGGUGUUUCAAGACCUGACUGCAUUGCGGCUCCCCAAGAUCAGGGUAGUAGCUGUAGCCCGAAAUGGAGUUGUAGAAGUCAUAACGUGUAGAAAACUAGUGGAAUUCCCUUCCGCCCCCCCCAUCCUACCAAAUAACUCUAUUACGUCGAGAAAGACAGGUUAGAGCUUUGAACUGACGGUGUACGUUUGGGGGUUGAUCCGUAUAUAGUAGGAACACCAAACCUAUCUGGGAGCACGCGAAUCCAGGAAACUCAAUCCUCGCUACCAGCACACGCCCAACCCGAAGGGUUGUUGGUGAACGACCAAAGCGGACCUGAAGCCAACCCUAAACGACCACUGAUUGAUCGGAUGGUGGAAGCCAUUGAUGGGACAGACGUAGACUUGAUCCAGAU